CCAUGGUGAAGCUCACUGUGAAUCGUGUGUUUGCUGCACCCAAGAUCAGGCUUGUGACGCGACCACGCAGGCAACCCAAGCUCCAAAUCGCAUCAAUCCACCAACUCACCACCAACAACAACACUUUCCAACGACUACCAAAUUCCAUCUCACAAACGUCCAAACGACUACCGCACAACAUGGCAGAACCGCAAACAGUAAAAACACGCAUCCUGAUCGUCAGCGACACCCACAGCACACCUCUCCAACCAACCACAUCUCCAAACCCAUUCCGCCAACCCCUCCCUUCAGCAGAUAUCCUCAUCCACUGUGGCGACCUCACUAUGAAAGGACUGACCUCUGAAUACCACAAAACGCUGGAUUUGCUCGCUUCCAUCGACGCACCUAUCAAGCUGGUCAUUGCCGGAAAUCAUGAUCGCACACUUGACAAGACGUGGAUGGAAAAACAUCAGAAUCAUCUAUGGGAUGGAGAGACUUAUGAGGAGGCGAGGGAGUUUUGGUUUGGAGAGAAAGGACGGGCGAGGAGAGAGGGGGUGGUUAUGUUGGAGGAGGGCGUGCAUGAGGUGCCUCUGAAGAAUGGGGGUGUGUUGACUCUCUACACAUCGCAAUACCAACCCGAAUUCUGCGACUGGGCUUUCCCCUACUGGAAGCACGAAGACCGCUACAACAUCUCCAACGUCCUCAUCGACGCCAAACACAUCUCUGUUAACCCCAUCCCAUCAUUCUCCGCCAAACAAUUGGAUGUUAUUUGCACUCAUGGCCCACCCUUCAAGCGUGGAGACAUCACACCACAUGGAAAUGUAGGAUGUCCGCAUCUCCUCAAAGCAGUUGCGAGGGCCAAACCACUGAUCCACUGUUUCGGUCAUAUUCAUGAGGGCUGGGGCGCUGAGAGGGUUACUUGGGAAGACACGCCCAAGAGAGAACCGCAACAGACGAUCCAGGAGUUCAAGGAUGGAGGAUGGGAGAAGAGCAUUAAGAGUGUUGAGACAGUAGAGGUGGACAAAAAGGAAGUUAUGGAGCAGAGAGCAGUCUAUGUGGAUGCUAGUAAGACGAGUGGGAAGGAGGUCAUCAGGGGAGAGCAGACACUGAUGGUCAAUGCGGCGAUCAUGGAUGCUGGGUAUCAUCCUGUGAACGCGGCGUUUUUGGUGGAUGUGGAUUUGCCUUUGAAAAAAUGAGGUUGAGGCGUGGAAGCGCAGGCACAGGAGAGCCAUGGUAAUCGGUAUCAAGACAUGGGUACUCCAAAGCACAAUGAAUGUUGCUUUCUACGAUGUGGUAGGCCAUCAAGAGUAGUCAUGAAAAUGCAGAAGGAAGUUGAAGAUCGGAAUAACGCUCGACGGAGGGUACCAGUGUUUGAGCUCUCAGUGGACAAACCACGAAUAUAGAAAACCAUCUUGCAUUUUGGUAGGCUG